UUACAUUCCCCUCACUACCUUCGCCUCCUUCUCCUCUCUUCAUUUUCCCGCAGCCUCUCUACUCUCAACUGGGAAAGCCGUUUCGCUGAUUCGUAUAUUUGACGGCGGUUUCCCCAUUCUGUGGCUGGACCAAUUUUCAAACUCAAUAAUAGGUCAACCAUCAACGAGAUAAUAUUGGAGUUUAAUAUGGCCGGAGAAAAGAAAACAGAAACAUAUCAGCUAAACGCUCCUGUUGCGAAGUCUGAAUCGUCAAUCAAUAUUCCUGAUAAAGAUAUGGUGAAAGAUGGAUUUCCAUCCGAGCCUGUGUCGUCUGUAUCUGCUGGGGGCAAUGUUGUGCCUGGAAAAAGUGCAACUGAUCAAUCUGUAAGUUCGGAGCAGGGUCCCUAUUAUCCACCUACCAGCUGUUAUGAUUAUUAUUAUCCGGGAUACAAUGGGAACUUUACCCAGCCUGAUGACAAAGGUUUUCCUAACACUCCAGGUGGUUCUUAUGCGGGAAUUCAACAGGAUAAUGCUUCACUCCUAUAUUACGUUCCUGGCUAUGGUCCAUAUUCAACUGGUUUUGUGGGUGUUGAUGGAAAACAAGCAUACACAUCAUCUGAAUAUCCCUGCUCAUAUGGGUCAGAGGUGUUUCCAUGCUAUACAUAUGAUUCGACCUAUGCUGGGAAUGGUUCGUCCAGCAAUAAAAGUGGCUCUGUAAAAUCUGCAGGCACUAGUGGCUCUGGGAGGUCAAAUGGCUUUAAUGUUGCCAAAACUCAUAGCAACCUCUCAAGCAAAUCUUCAGCUUUACCUUAUAAUUACAAAACACAACAGCCAAAUUCUUCGAGUUCUGUCUAUCAGAAUCAGUCUCUUCAUCCAUUGAACAAGUUUGGUGCUGGUUUCCAGUCAUCUGGCCUCAUGAGAGGAAUUCAGCCUUCUGGAAACUUCUCUUCAUUUACUAGCCGGAAUCCUCGUCCUUUUCCGCAAUAUGGUCAGGUGAAUUACCAGUCGAAUGCUGGUUUAUGGAACAACAACUACAGAUCCAGGUCAAGAGAAAAUUUUGGCAGAAGUGGAGAAGUCAAAGCUGCGAGUGAACUAACUCGUGGCCCUAGGGCUGACAGUAAGAAUUCCUCUAAGUCGCCAGCUGAUGUCGAACAAUUGGGUUUCGCAAUUGAUAGAGAUAAAUACAACUUACAAGAGUUUGAGGCAGUGUAUGAUAGUGCAAAGUUCUUUGUGAUCAAGUCAUAUAGCGAAGAUGAUAUUCACAAAUGCAUCAAAUAUGAUGUCUGGUCAAGUACUCCAAAUGGCAAUAAGAAGUUAGAUGCUGCUUUCCGUGAAGCUGAUGCUAAAACGACAGAGGCAGGCAAAAAAUGUCCAGUGUUCCUAUUUUUUUCGGUGAAUGGAAGUGGGCAGUUUGUCGGUGUUGCUGAGAUGAUUGGCCAUGUUGAUUUUAGCAAAAAUAUGGACUUUUGGCAGCUCGACAAAUGGAAUGGCUUCUUCCCAUUGAAGUGGCACAUCAUAAAAGAUGUCCCCAACACUCAAUUGCGACACAUUAUCCUUGAAAACAAUGAUAAUAAGGCCGUUACUUAUAGCAGGGACACUCAAGAGGUUGAACUGAAACAGGGCCUAGAAAUUCUAAGCAUAUUUAAGAAUUACUCUGCUAAAACUUGCGUGCUCGAUGACUUCAACUUUUAUGAAAAUCGUGAAAAGGCGCUGAAAGCAAAGAGGAGUGGUGUACCUGUUUCUCAAACCAAUGGCUUUAGAAACAAUGAUUAUGAGAAGCACUCUGGAGAGUCUGCCAAGAACAAUCAGUCAGAUACUCCAUCACUUGUUUCGCUGACUGAAAACCUUUCGCUCGAGACUCAACCUCUGCAGAGUAGUAUAUGAGCGCGAUCAGUUAGGAUAAUAUAGGGGGGAGAGAGGUUGAUUUUCAUCAGUUUUGUUAGGUAAGUUUUUCAUUGUUUUCAAGAUUCCCAUUACCCUGAUUUUUUUAUAUCUUUUUAGUGAUUCGCGUUUGGAUCUUUGUUGCGUUUGGAUCUAUCUUGAUUUUUCAUUGGUAACAUUAAAUCUCUGGAUUUUGUUUACACCUGCUAAGUGAGGGAGACUGUCGAACAGCUGUUGAAGAUCAAAUUCAUUGAGUAGUUUCACAUUUAA